GUUUACUUCCGUCAAUAAUUCUCGGGAAAGGCUGAAUUUUUCAAUACAACAAAGGAAGAGCUGUUGCCAGGUGAAGGAUGCCGUUCUUGGGCCAGGACUGGAGGUCCCCAGGAUGGAGCUGGAUAAAGACUGAAGACGGAUGGAAGCGUUUCGAGUUCUAUGGCCAUGAUUUGCGAAGCAACAAUAACGCACUUGAUUUGGAAGAGCUGGAUGAUGAAAACAAAGAAAACCUCUUUGGGGGGGACGUCUGCGAAGUAGCUGCUAAAAAGAGGAAAAAGGAUUACUUCAACAACAACACAAGAUCACAGUUUUUCUAUCAAGAGAAGUGGAUCUAUGUUCAGAAGGAGAGCACUAGAGAAAGACAUGGUUACUGUACAUUAGGAGAGGCUUUUAACCGCCUAGAUUUUUCCAGCGCCAUACAGGAUAUCCGGAGGUUCAACUAUGUGGUGAAGCUGCUGCAGCUGAUUGCGAAGUCUCAGCUGACGUCCCUGAGUGGCGCUGCACAGAAGAACUACUUCAACAUUCUGGAGAAGAUCGUCAAAAAGGUACUUGAGGACCAGCAGAAUCCACGUCUCAUCAAAGAUCUCCUCCAGGAUCUGAGCUCCACUCUCUGUAUCCUGAUCCGGGAGGUGGGGAAGUCGGUGCUGGUAGGAAACAUCAAUAUCUGGGUCUGCAGGUUGGAGACCAUUCUGAACUGGCAGCAGCAGCUCAACAACCUCCAGAUCCCCAAGCAAAUAACCAAUGGGGUGACACUUAGCGACCUGCCGCUGCAUAUGCAGAACAACAUACUGUACAAGUUCUCAGACGCCUGGGACAUCAUCAACCUGGGGCAGGCCACGCCCACUCUGCACAUGCUCAGUGAGGACCGGCAGCUGUGGAAGAAGCUGUGCCAGUUCCACUUCGCGGAGAAGCAGUUCUGCAGGCAUUUAAUUCUGUCCGAGAAGGGGCACGUGGACUGGAAGCUGAUGUACUUCACCCUCCAGAAGUAUUAUCCCAAAAGGGAGCAAUAUGGAGACACUCUGCAGUUCUGCAGACACUGUAGCAUUCUGUUCUGGAAGGACUGCCAUCUGGCUUUGUUAUUCAAGGACUCUGGGCAUCCCUGUACAGCCAAUGAUCCAGACAGCUGCUUCAUGCCUGUCUCACCACAGCACUUCAUUGACCUCUUCAAGUUUUAGACUGUUUCUUCCACUGUUGAUUUCUGUAGAGCGGAAGGUGCAUUUCUUCUUUGCUCGCCAAGAGUGUGCAAUGGUUUCAGUUUUCCCUAAAUGCAAAAGGGCUCUGAAGAUACUGUAUUUGUUCUGCUCUUUGCAUACAAUGAAAGGAUAAUAAUGACAGUAAAAAAAAGAAUGGAUUUAGCAUGUCGAAGAAAUGUCAGAGGAUGGUGUCUGGACUACUGUGGGGGCAUUUAACAGUUUGUUCGUGAUUUGAUAAGCAUCUUUACGUCCACUUGACACCUUGGGAGGGAGUAUAAAAUGUUUCUUGUUGGUGGCUCUAUGGUCUGUGCAAGUCUGUCUGCUGCUUUAUGUUCCGUUGUAAUGGAAUGCACGUUAAGCGUAGCUUUGUAGGUCUCUACCUUUCUGUUCUGUGUAUUUUGCUGUGCUGUGCAAAUAUCUGAGCGUUGACACU